CAGGUCCCGGUACCGGUACCGCCCGCCCGGCGCACGCGCAGUGGGGCGGCGCGGGGAUCCCGUCCCCUCGUGCGCGUGACGUCGCCGCGUCUCGCGCCGCUCCGGGUCGGCGGCGGUACCGGGAGUGGGCAAGCUCAAGUUCCUCGGGUCUCGUGGCCGGAGUCCCAGUUGCCCAGUGCUGCCAGCAACAGGAGCUGGGCCACCAUCUUCCAUGGCAAGGGUCUUUUGGUGGCCACCUGCAUCCCAGCAUGAAGCUCAGCCAGCAGCAAAAUGAACUCACUGGGGGAAGAUGCCCCUUGGGUUGGAGGUUUGCAGUCUGAAAGCUGAAGCGUGGUCAGCGUCCCAUCAGGAGGAGGAGGAGGAGGGGAGGAUGAGGGUGACCACGAGGAGGGUGCUGCUGGCGGUGGGCGCCGUGGUGGCCCUGACGGUGACUCUGCAGCUGGGCCAGCAGGUCCUGGAGUGCCAGCAGGUUCUGAGCCAGAGGAGGCAGGCGCUGAUGAGACCCGAGCAGGAGGAGCUGGUGCUGAGGGACUCCCGGCAGGUCGAGUACCGCUACAGCAAGGAGAUGCCCCUGAUCUUCAUCGGGGGGGUCCCGCGCAGCGGCACGACGCUGAUGAGGGCCAUGCUGGACGCCCACCCCGAGGUGCGGUGCGGCGAGGAGACGCGGGUGAUCCCCAGGGUGCUGGCCAUGAGGCAGGCGUGGGCCAGGUCCGGGCGGGAGAAGAUGCGUCUGGACGAGGCGGGGGUGACGGAGGCGGUGCUGGACGCGGCCAUGCAAGCCUUCAUCCUGGAGGUGAUCGCCAAGCACGGCGAGCCCGCCCGGUUCCUCUGCAACAAGGACCCCUUCACCCUCAAGUCCUCCGUCUACCUCUCCAGGAUCUUCCCCAACUCCAAGUUCCUCCUGAUGGUGCGGGACGGCCGGGCCUCCGUCCACUCCAUGAUCACCCGCAAGGUGACCAUCGCGGGCUUCGACCUCAGCAGCUACCGGGACUGCCUGGCCAAGUGGAACAAGGCCAUCGAGGUGAUGUACGCGCAGUGCAUGGAGGUCGGGCCCUCCCGAUGCCUCCCCGUCUACUACGAGCAGCUGGUGCUGCACCCCGAGCCCUCCCUGCGCGCCAUCUCCCACUUCCUGGGCAUCUCCUGGAGCGAGGCCGUGCUGCACCACGAGGAGCUCAUCGGGAAGCCCGGGGGGGUCUCGCUCUCCAAGAUAGAAAGAUCAACAGACCAGGUGAUCAAGCCAGUGAACCUGGAAGCAUUAUCCAAAUGGACGGGGCACAUCCCUGGGGAUGUGCUGCAGGACAUGGCCCAGAUUGCACCCAUGCUGGCCAGGCUGGGAUAUGACCCCCACGCCAACCCCCCCAACUAUGGCCACCCCGACCCCUGGGUUGUCAACAACACACACAGAGUUUUAAAGGGGGAUUACAAAACUCCUGCCAACCUGAAAGGUCAUCUGCAGGUGACCCAGAACACCUCAUCUGCUCACUGAGAAGAUUAAUGAUUUCCAGAUCGCUGCGAUUUCUCCUUGUCCGGCUCUAGGGAGCAGCAGCGCCGUGGGAAUCGGAUAUCCAAGCAUAUUGCUUGCCCAGGACUGUCGCCGGGAAUCGCCUCUGUCGCCGGGAAUCGCCUCUGUCGCCGGGAAUCGCCUCUGUCGCCGGGAAUCGCCUCUAUCGCCGGGAAUCGCCUCUAUCGCCGUCCCGGACUCUUCGCGUUCCUCCCCAACCCUCCCCUCGCCCCUUUCCCCCCUCUCGGGGCCGUCUGUGGAGGCUCCUCCCGGGGGGACGGGCGGAGGCGAUGCCCGAGCCCCGCGCAGGUUCCAUCAGUCGCGGUUCCAUGUCGCGAUAGCGCCGCUGUCGCGGGGCUGUCGCGGCUUCAUAAUGCGAGUGACUGCCCCCUGCCCCGCACUGUGACUUCCAGAGGCUAUUGCAGAGUUAAUAUAUGAGCCCCCGCCUCGCGCACCAUUAAAAUAUUGUUUAAUUAAACCCGGAG